UAAGGAAAGAGGAUCUUCGGGAACUGUAGUUUCUGGAGGGAAGUAGCGUCCUGACUUCCUCGGCGUGAGUCUGUGCAUGGUGAGAAGAUGAACGGGAAACGGCCGGCAGAUCCCGGCCCAGCGCGGCCAAUGAAGAAGGGAAAGAAGCAGGUAGCGGCAGAAUUUUCGGACGCUGUCACUGAAGAAAUCCUGAGGAAGCAGGUGGCUGAGGCCUGGAGCUGCCGGACGCCGUUCAGUCACGAAGCUAUUGCCUUGGACAUGGAUCCUUUUCUUCACUGUGUGAUCCCAAACUUCAUCCAAAGCCAAGACUUCCUGGAAGGACUUCAGAAAGAACUCUUGAGCCUGGACUUCCAUGAAAAGUACAAUGAUUUAUAUAAGUUCCAGCAGUCCGAUGAUUUGAAGAAGAGAAAAGAGCCUCAUAUCUCAGCCUUGAGGACACUUAUGUUUGAAGAUUUUCGGGCCUGGCUUUCUAAGGUUUCCGGCAUUGACCUAGAAGCAACCGUUGACAUGUCCUGUGCUAAAUACGAGUUCACUGAUGCUCUGCUCUGCCAUGACGAUGAGCUGGAGGGGCGCCGGAUCGCCUUCAUUCUGUACCUGGUUCCUUCCUGGGACAGAGACUUGGGGGGCACCCUGGACCUCUAUGACACUGAUGAACACUUGCAGCCAAAGCAGAUUGUGAAGUCUCUUGUCCCUGCCUGGAACAAACUGGUUUUCUUUGAAGUGUCUCCAGUGUCCUUUCACCAGGUGUCUGAAGUCCUGUCUGAAGAAUUAACACGUUUGUCCAUAAGUGGCUGGUUUCACGGUCCUUCGUUAGCCAGGCCUCCCACCUACUUUGAGCCCCCAGUCCCUCGAAGCCCUCACAUCCCGCAAGACCAUGAAAUUUUAUACGAGUGGAUCAACCCUGCUUACCUGGAAAUGGAUUAUCAAAUGCAAAUUCAGGAAGAAUUUGAGGAAAGGUCUGAAAUUCUCCUGAAGGAGUUUCUUAAGCCUGAGAAAUUUGCAAAGGUCUGUGAAGCCUUGGAGAAAGGAGAUGUGGAAUGGAAAAACCAUGGUCCCCCAAACAAAAGGUUUUAUGAGAAAGCGAACGAAAGUAACCUCCCUGAUGUUCUGAAGGAGUGCAUGGGCCUUUUUCACUCAGAGGCAAUGUUCCUGCUGCUCUCCAACUUCACCGGGCUGAAGCUUCACUUCUUGGCCCCUUCAGAAGAUGAUGAGACCGAGGACAAAGGAGAGGGGGAGACAGCCAGCGCUGCUGGUGGCACUGAAGAAGGGACUAGCCAAAGCCCCCCAGGGCCAGAGGAUAAUCAGGCAGCCGUCGGCAGCCACAGUCAAGAGAAUGGUGGACAGGCAGACCCAGAACCACAGGAAGACGAAGCAAAGAAAGAAUCAAGUGUUCCCAUGUGCCAGGGAGAGCUGAGGCGCUGGAAAACUGGUCACUACACUUUAGUCCACGACAACAGCAAGACGGAGUUUGCCUUGGACCUGUUUCUGUACUGCGGCUGUGAAGGCUGGGAGCCAGAGUAUGGCGGCUUCACCUCCUACAUUGCGAAAGGUGAAGAUGAAGAGCUGCUCAUAGUGAAUCCAGAAAACAAUGCUCUGGCCUUGGUCUACAGAGACAGAGAAACUCUGAGAUUUGUGAAGCACAUUAACCACCGCAGCCUAGAGCAGAGGAGCACCUUCCCAAACAGAAGCGGGUUCUGGGACUUCGCAUUCAUGUAUUACGAGUAACAAGACUGGGCAGGGCCAGCUAGCAUUCGCUCCACCAGUGCUGGGAAGGGAAGCGCGGCAUGCUGGGUAACUAAGUGCCCUCCUUACAGGCUGCCCUUGCUGGCUGUGCUGGUGCACGCCUGUAAUGCCAGCCUCAGGAGGCAGAGGAAGGGGACCUUCAGUUCCAAGGUCAGUGUGGCUUAGACAGUGCGACUCUGUCCCCAAACAUACAAAUCUUGGUCAUCCUCUCAUAAAAGUCAUGAUUGUCCUCAAACUA